CAACAACUUCGCCCUUUGUACUUCUUCACCACAGCUUCACUUCAGCUUCACUUCACUACUUCCUCACAUUCUUUCUUCCAAUUAUCUCCUACAUUCACUCUUUGGCAGCGCCAGUCUUUCAUUAAACAACUACCUUUCAAAACAACCCAAUUCAACCUCUCCCAAACAACACCAACAGCUUUUCAAACACUUUUCAAAAUGAAGUCUUUUGUUGUUCUCGCCCUUCUCGGCUCCGCCAUUGCCUUGCCCCAGAGGCCUAACGGCAUGAACCCCAGCGCUGUUGUUUCCUCGCGCCCUACUGGUCUCCCCGAGAGCUUCUCUGGUGCAACUCGACCAACCGGUGCUCCGGCUGGCAAGGGAUCUGCUAUCCCAAGCGGCAAGGGAGGACGUGCUUCUGGACGCCCCAGUGGUGUGGCCGGCGCAUCUGGCCGACCAACUGGCCGACCAUCAGUUCUUCCCUCCAUUCUCCCAUCGGGCAAGGGCAAGGGCAAGGGCAAGGGAUCUGCUUCUUCUGCAGCUGCUCCUCUCCCAAGUGAGACAGUUACUCCUGAGCCCACUGACGAUGAGAACAACGAGGAAUCCACCGAGGAUGACUCUGAACUCAUCGAAGAUGACUCUGAGAUCAUCGAGAAGCGCCAAGGUCCUAUGGGCAAAGGCAGACCCAGUGGUGCUCCCAGCGGUGCUUUUAGCGGUGCUCCCGCUGGUGCUCCCACCGGAAGGCCAAGCGGCGCCCCUGCUGGCAAAGGCAAAGGAAAGGGUCAGGGUCAAAUGUCUGGUGGAGCUGCUCCCUCUGGUGCUCCCUCUGGUGCCCCCUUUGGAGGCAAAGGAAAGGGAGGCAAAGGCAAAGGAACCGGUGCUGCUCCUUCAGGCGCCCCUGCCACUGCUCCUGCCGGCCCCUCGACUCCAGAGCCCACUGAAGGCUCUACCCCAUCUACUGGCGACGAGACCGACGGUACUUUGACCGGUGACGAGACUGAUGGUACUCUGACCGACGACGAAACUGACGGCACUCUUACUGGUGACGAGACCGACGAAAUCAUUGAGAAGCGUCUCGAAAUCUCCUACAACUUGGCUGCCCGCGAGGAAGCUGAAGAGAUCCCCGAAUUCGCCGCCGCCGUCCCCACCAAGACCCGUCCCGCUGGCGCCGCCAAAGCAACUGGCACCAAGCCCCACCACAAGAGGCCCUCCGGCGUUGCUAAGAGCAGUGGACGUCCUUCCAGGCCUUUCGGCAGCGGACGCCCCAGCGGACGCCCCAGUGGAAUCCCAAGCGGAGUUCCCCGCCCAACUGGUGCCAGACCCUCCAACGCAUCCAGGCCUACUGCCCAGCCAUCCACUGUUCCUGAGUCCGGCAACGAGGACCCCACCGACAACGAGGACACCACCGAUGACGAGGAGAACACUGUGCUCCCAGAGCCUUCCGGCAGCGUCGAUGAGGAGUAG